CCAAACUGAGUAGAUAAGGAGAAUCGAACAUGUCGCUACAGAACGUGUGGCAUCACCGACGCGUUGCAGACGGCUCUGCAAAGGCGUGCUGGAUCUGCUACAAGCCGUCGACAAGUGUUCUCAUUACCCCAGAUAAUAAGGACUUCUUCUAUAUAUGUGUUGGCCAUCUCCAGGACGGGAAAUUUUGCCAACCCGACGCGGACGAGGUUGUAGCGGCUGCUGCUCGAAAGAAAAAAGAGGAACUAGAUCGAGAGAUCGAGGCAGUGAAGAGGGAAUACGCAGAGAGGCAAAAAAGUAAGCUUGAGAGGCGUAAGGAGAAAGAUCAGAAUAGGGAUAGGGACAAAGACUCGAAGAAGCAAGACUCAGAAGAGGACAAGGAUGAUGAGACGACAAAGGACGACAGUAUCAAAGAACUCUCGAAGUCACGAGAUGAUUCAUCGUCAGCGUCAGAUGAGCCUCGCAUCUACUCACUGAACAAGAGUUUCUACCAAAUGCGGGUUGAUCGGAUACACAAUGCUGAGGUUGCGAAGCGGAAUCGCGAGAGACUAAAGAACCCAGCGAACUUUCCUUCAGUACCAAGCGGAAACCCCUGAAGAUGUAAAACAUCACGAUGCGAACAUUACGCUUGGAUUUUAGUCUCGUCCACAUUUCCCGCAAGAUCGAGAGCUGUGUGGACGCUUCAACUUCAAGCGGGGAAACUGGUCUUGGCAUCACGUUCUCCUCCUGGUUCGCAUUGGGCAGCCGACGAUCCGAUUACUGCCCCUCGCCCUCAAAUUCCUUCAGCGACUUCAACCUGCAGUCAGCAAUUAGCGGCCGAAAUCUUGACGUGCUUACCGUGGAAUCAAAUGGUACAAUAUCGCGCGCACCACGGAAAAUGUUCCGUUUCUAGCAAUUAAUCAGUUUAAGCGCACUCUGCACUCGUCAAUCGAGGUGCAGACGAGUCUUCUGACCACACUCUUGGGAAGUUCCCACAGACUGGAGUGAUCUUUGAGGAUCCUUAAGUGUUCAAAAUCCUUACCUCGACACUUAUUUUGCCUUUAGCUUAGCAGGCUUUUAUCAG